AUGCAAACUGAGGAACUUUUGUCGGUUCCACAGACUUGUUGGUGGAAUGCUUUUGGAUCUCAGCCGUUGACUACGGAGAGCCUCGCCGUGAAAUCUUCUUCUGACUCAUUCGCCGGACCUAAUCCGGAGACAGAACAAAGCUCUAAAACUCUAUUCACUUUCUCUAAUGGUGGUGGAAAGAGUUCAAGAGAUGUAUCUAAGCCAAAUGUUGCUUUCACAAUGCAAUCAGCUUGUUUCGAGUUUGGAUUUGCUCAGCCAACAAUUUACACAAAGCAUCCUCAUGUGGAACAAUACUAUGGAGUUGUUUCAGCCUAUGGAUCUCACAUAUCGCCAGGCCGAGUAAUGCUACCUCUAAAGAUGGAGACAGAAGAAGAUGUUACAAUCUUUGUGAACUCAAAGCAGUACAAUGGAAUCAUCAGGCGACGCCAGUCUCGUGCCAAGGCUGUUCUUAAGAACAAAGAGAGUAAAUGCCGUAAGAGGUCAUAUAUGCAUCACUCGCGGCAUCUCCAUGCUAUGCGCCGUCCUAGAGGAUCCGGCGGGCGUUUCUUGAACACCAAGAAAGCUGAUGCGGUUAAGCAGUCUAAGCCGAGCAAUUCUCAGAAUUCUGAAGUUUUUCAUCCGGAAAACAGGACAAUGAACUCAUCGAGGGAAGCAAACGGGAUAAAUGUCUCGGGAUCAGAAGUUACAAGUAUGGAUUACUUUCUAAGUUCUUCGGUUCAUUCUUUUGGUGGCAUGGACAUGUCUAGCAAGUGGAUUGCAGCAGCAAUGGAUAUUGGCUGCUGCAAUCUCAAAACCUGA